AGAACCAAACAAUUGAACUCAUUGAAAGAAAUCGGGAGGACAAAAUAAUAGAAACACCUGACAGUACAACUCAAUAGAAUUAUACAUUACCACAAACUACAGCCUCCAAAAGGGGCAUGUUUAAAACACAAAGUGAACAUUAGAACCUUUAUGAAGGAGGAUUUAUUGUCGGACUGUUGUAUUAGUUGUAGCUGGAUGGACCUUAUAAACUAGUAUUUGCACUUGUUAAAAGUUGUUUCCAAUUGGACAUCAUGUUUGUGACAAUGAUGAAUAUCCUGUUACAUACAUGUUGGGAACACAGCAGAACAAGUUCAUCAUCAGAGACAGUGUGUUUAAUCCUCUGAUAUGAGCUCCAGAUGAGAUUUGAGUGUGAGGAGUGCAGGGAGGACAUCUCAGAGCUGUGAUCCUGCCCUCCUGCUGCCACACUAUAAUAACUGUAGGUCUCCUGGAGUCGGUCCACACAGACAGGAUGCGCUCCUCAUACUGCCCUUCUGCCACAACACAGACACUCAAGGUGUUGUGUGUUCGGAUGUGUAUGUUCUACUCCACCAUAUGUCUGGCAGGCUGGCCGCUGUCCUCAGAGGCAGCCAGACAGCGCUGUGGUUCUGAUCUGCUCAGUGACCUUAAAUUUGUAUGUGGGGAUCUUGGAAUCUAUUUAGGUAAAGGCACAUGGUCUGGUUACGGUGCUCGGCCCAGAGGGAAGGGGAUAGUGGAUCAGUGCUGUCGGCCGGCCGGCUGUGAACUUCAGUAUCUGGAGAGGUACUGUGCCAAACCAAAGAGCCAGCAGCACACCACAGCUCAUCCAGCCACAACCACAGAACGUCUUACCACUACCCAGCUGGACAUGGCACAGCAGUUCCAAGCAUUAUUUCAGAAAAAGCUUUCUGAGCACCUGGGGGCUCCCAACAGUCCAAAAAGGGAAGUGUAUAGAAAGAAAACACAGCCGUCAGUUCGACGGAAAAGCAAAAUUGCAACAUCACACAGGAGGAUUAAAACAAGGAGCACAACCAGAAGUCCUAUUUCUACCUCUGGGAGUCCCCUUCAAAGAAUGACAACAGUUGACCUCAUAAAAAGCUCAAUAUUUAUAGUUCCUGGAUUGAAGAACUGAUGCUAACUGUUAUAACAUCAACUCAAAGUAAUUCUCUACUAAGUAGGGGUGGUUGGAAAUCACAAAGAGAAUUGAGGCUAAUGAAGACUUACCGGGUGAUAAUACACUGAAGUCAACAGCUCCAGGAGGUCCUGACACCACCUCUGGGCUCGCUGCUGUUACACGAGGAACUCAGUGGAAACUCUUGCUCAGCCUUUCAUUUGUAUUUCUGGAACAAGUGUCAUUGCGUGUAUUAUACACUCUUUUCUAAUGUCACUGUCCAGUAUUUGUAUCUGUAACAGCCACUCUGAUAGCUCAUUACUGACUGGCCUCAAUCUAUCAAUCUGAUGAUUUUCAACCCAUGAUGGACUUGGUCUUGUGGGAAAUGGUAUUUGUUAAAGAAACAACAACAUUGUUUUCCAUCCCUGUCUAGACAGAUGGAUUGUACAUUUAAAGGUGGUGUUUUACUCCAGCUCUCCAGGCUUUUUCCACUGCAGCGACCUGACCUGAACUUUUAAGAUAAUUGUUUGUAUUUUUUGGGGGAGGGACAUAUUAUCACCUAAUGUGGUUGUUGUGAUGAACAAGUUAGCAAACCGUGAUAUACAUAUUUAGCAUGAAUGAUAUAACAUUCAAAUUCAUUUGGAGUAGUGUCUGUGUCCACUUUACAAAACACCUCCUGAUGAAGAUAUUUGCUAAAUGCUCCACCAUGCUCACCCAGCUAACUGCACUGUGUCGGGCUGCUGUUUGCUGCUGAGCAGGUAGUGUGCAGUGGCUUUUUAGAUUCUGCAGUAGACAGGUGUGCAUGCAUUAAUACGUUUUUCUCUCACUGAGAUGAUCAAGUAUAGUGUUGAUUAUUUUGUGUUUUAUGUAAAAUACGUUUACUGCAUUUAUUAUUUAUUUUACUAU